GACAACCGACAUAAUUGUAGUCGCCAUCUUUGCUUCAAUCUUUCAGUCGCCUCCAGAUUUGCGGGCGUUUCAUCGCCGAUUUUCAAUGUUUUGCUCAAUAAAGUCACUAUUUUUUCUUUUGAAAGCAACGUAAAAAGUUUAUGGUAGCUUGCGUAACAGUUAAAUGUGAAAAUGAGCUUUUUCGGGUUUGGACAAACUGCGGAUAUCGAAAUUGUGUUCGAUGAUGCUGACAAACGAAAGGUUGCCGAAGUUAAAACUGACGAUGGAAAAAAAGAAAAAUUGUUACUCUAUUACGAUGGUGAAACUGUGUCAGGAAGAGUCAAUGUAACGCUUCGAAAACCUGGAUCAAAAUUAGAACAUCAAGGAAUCAAGGUUGAGCUUAUCGGUCAGAUAGAAUUAUUUUACGACAGAGGUAAUCACCAUGAGUUUAUAUCAUUGGUAAAAGAAUUAGCCCGUCCUGGCGACUUAUUGCAGCACACAUCGUAUCCAUUCGAAUUCGCCAACGUUGAGAAACCGUACGAAGUUUACACAGGAGCUAACGUCAGGCUAAGAUAUUUUUUACGUGCGACAAUAAUUCGUCGCCUCACCGAUGUUGUAAAGGAAGUCGAUAUCGCUGUUCACACGCUAUGCAGCUAUCCGGACGUUCUAAAUUCGAUAAAAAUGGAAGUAGGAAUCGAAGAUUGCCUCCACAUAGAAUUUGAAUACAACAAAUCGAAAUAUCACCUUAAAGACGUGAUAGUAGGUAAAAUUUAUUUCCUUCUUGUUCGUAUUAAGAUUAAACACAUGGAAAUAUCUAUAAUUAAAAGGGAAACAACUGGUUCAGGUCCGAAUACAUUCACAGAAAAUGAAACAGUUGCUAAGUAUGAAAUAAUGGAUGGGGCUCCUGUCAGAGGUGAGAGUAUUCCUAUAAGAGUGUUUUUAGCUGGAUAUGACUUAACACCGACAAUGAGAGACAUAAAUAAUAAAUUCUCAGUGAGGUAUUAUCUCAAUUUGGUCCUUAUGGACACUGAAGACAGACGCUACUUCAAGCAACAAGAAGUCACACUGUGGAGGAAAAGCGAUAAAUCAAGGUUGCCAUUACAUAAUCCACACCACCCUCAGACUCUAGCACAUCCUUCAAUUGCUCCACAAAGACAGCUUAGUGCUUCAAGUGAGGAGAACUCUGCAAGAGCUGUGUCACCAUCAAUGCCAGAUAAUGCAAUGCAGAGGUCUGUGUCUCCAUCAAUGCCAACCAUUGAUAAUCAUAAUGGACCCUCACAAAUGGAACAAGAGGAACCUGAUGUAUUACCAGAUAAAUUAUCUAAAACACACAUUGAUAUCAGUGAACCUCAAUCACCUGAUGCCACUAAUGCAGAGAAAGCAGUUGAAAGGCCAAAGGUGUCAGAAAAACCUCUAGAUAAGCCACCACUGGAUGAUAACCCUCAGCCGGUAAAGCAACAAGAUCAGCCACCUGUUGCUGAAAAACCUCAAGUAGCAGAAAAAACACAAAUAAAUAACAAACCAAAGGUUGAAAAACCUGUAGCAGAGAAAAUUGCUGUUAUGGAAAAACCAUUACUUGCUGAAAAACCCCAAGUAGCAGAGAAGCCUAUUAUUGCUGAAAAGCCUGUCUUGUCACGACCUGAAAGUGUAGAAGCAACUCCGAGUCAAUAGCCUUCAUACUCCGGUGCUGUUGAUAUCUCACUAGCCGGCGAAAUGAACUGUUUGUUUUCAUAUACGAAAACAAUUGUUUAAAAUAUCUAUUUUAAAUUAAGAAAUUAUUAAUACAGUUGUUGCAGCAAUUUGCUUAAUAUUAUUUUAUAUGCAAAUUGCAAUAAAGUCUUACAUAGACUGUUAUGGGUAAGUGUAUAGUGUUGCUAUAGCUAUAAACAGAACAAAUGUGCCGACAAUGAUUCAUAGAUAUGCUGUUUACAAGUUUUUUACAAAGGGCAUGUAGAGAGAUAAUAUUUUGUUGCUUUAAUAUGAAUUCAAUUAUAACAUUAAAACUUUUAGUAUAAAAGAUUUCUUCAUUGUUUUCUACAUGACAUUUUUUUAAUCAUUAGAGAAUACAAGGUUAUUAAUUGUUAGAUUUUUAAGAUAUUUGCAUUAUCAAAUUUAAUGAUAAUGAUACACUCUCAUAGCCGAUUAUGAUUGAAUGAUGUUAUUAAAUUAUUAUCAAUCAAAGUUAGAUAGCUUGAAUAUCGACCUGUGUUAUAAGCCAUUUAAGUAUUGCUUCUUGUACUCAAAUGGUUUUAAAACUUAAGUUUUUCUAUUAUCUUUAUUUAUAAAUAUUGUUUAGUAUAUAUUUAGCUAAAUGCUGAUAUCAGUGUCUCAUCAAUGAUCUGAAAUUUGAAUGAAGACAGCAUAGUUCAUUAUUAUCCUCUUAAACAGUAUUUAUAGGUUAUGCCUUAUAAAAUUAGUGAAUCAUUUGAUAUCCAUAAGAAAAUAAAUAAAUCUUAAAUGUAAUAUUUUUUUUUUCUACAAGAUUUAAUUAAAAGGAUGAGUUUUUUUAUAAAAUUUUACGUUUAUUAUUAAAUUUUACAUUAAAAAUGAGUUGAGAUAAAAUAUCAUUUCAAGGUUAUCUAAUAUCACUGUUAAAUUAAAUAUGUAUUUCACAUUUAUUGACUGUUUUUAUAAAUCAAGCACACGCUACUAAUAUAUUAUACUUGUAGAAUAUCAAUGGUUCUAAAACAUUUAACAAUCAUUUGUAUAUAUAUGUAGUGGAUAGAUAUGAAAACCCAUAGUAAAGCUCCAAUGUGUUGAACUAUCAGGUUACAAAAAUGUAGACCUGUGAUAGUAUAGGUAUACAUAUACAAUUAUUUAAUAAUCUUGGCUUCUCUAUGAUGUACAUCUAAAUCUUUAUCAUAUUUUAAAAGGAAGAUUUUGUGCCAUUUGCUUUUAUAAAAUACAAAAUGAUAAUAAAAUAGUAUUUAACUUUGUAUAGAUAAUUAUUGUACCCACAAGUGUAAAACUAUUAGCGCCACUGAUGUGCUAAAAAUUGAAACAUAUCGUUCAACAAAAAUAAGUUUAAAAAAAUUAGAAACAUUCAGUUUUAUUAAUUGUAUCAUAUAUAUUAUCUAUCUAUUUAUUUGCACAUGCUUUUAUGCAAAGUAUUUUAAAUUAUUUUGUUGUAUUUAUAUAAAUAUAUUUGCAUAAUAUGUUGAAUUAUUGUAAUUGUACAAUAUACUUUGCUAUUACCACAUCAAUUUAUUUCAAUUGAAAGUGUUCACUAUCAAUUGACUGUUCCAUAUAUUGAGUUGAUCAGGAAAUAUAAUGAAACAGUUUGAUUUUUUAGGAUGACUAAAUUCGAACACCAAAAAUAUCUAGAAUUUUUUUUUUAGUUAUGUUCUUGGUAAUAAUUAUAAUCUUUUAUUUUUUAUUUUUAUUUAGAACUGGUAACUUAAAAAUAACUUUUUUUUUUCAUAAAUUUGUUUUGGUCAAUGAAAAAAGUGAUCUUCAAUUGUAAUGUUUAAAAAUGUAAAUAAAUGCUUUUAUAACUACCAUAGCAAUAUAAAAGCAUAAAUAUAUUUUAAUAUUGGACCAUGGUUAUUUAAAUUUCGAAUUAAUAUUGUUUACUUACAUUACGAAAUAAUUUUAAAGCAUAGUGAUAUCACUACAAUAUAAAUAUGUUUAUUUAAUACAUAAAUCAUUAUGUGGCUUCAGAUGAAAUGAAUCUUAAAGACAACUUGUCUGUAAAAAGUGUACUAAAAAGUGGAACUAAAUAAUUAUAAUAGUUACUUAGGUAUAAAAUUGUUAACUGUGGAUUCUAUGUAUAGUUGGGUAAUAAUAAUAAGCAAUUAUAAAUAUAAUGUGAAGUGGGAAAAGUCAGACUAAAAAAAUCUAAUUAUAAAAUAAAUUAAACCACAGUUGGCUGUAUGUUAUUAAUAUAGUUAUUCAUUAUUUUAAAUUAAAUUAGGAGAAAGUCCGUGUUAUUAAAUUUUGUUAUAUCUUCGAAUUGAUUUUUAGCAUCGUAUUGUAUAAACAUUUUUUUUUUCUAAGAGAUUAAGCGCAUGUCGAUUAUAUCAUAUUGUUAAUAAAAUGUAUGUAUAAACAGCUGA